CAGAUAAGGAAAUGAGGCAGCCAGACCAGACCAACUGUCAGAAAAUACACGCUCUCCUUUCUGCUGAUUCAAUCCUGGCAGCAAGGAUGAGCGUGCGUGUGUUGAUGCUGCCUGAACCUGCGAUGGCUGACCAACUGCAACCUCAGCAAGGAGACCCGCUGCUGAGCAAGCUCCACAAUGGGAGCCUCCCCAACGGCAAAGAAGCCCCGAAACAUGCCCUGCUGCACGCCAGGGGCCAGUGGGCGAGUAAAGCCGAGUUCCUCCUGGCCGUGGCUGGGCAGAUCAUCGGGUUGGGCAACGUCUGGAGGUUCCCUUACCUCUGCUACAAGAACGGUGGAGGUGUGUUCUUUGUACCUUACCUGCUGUUCCUGGUGCUGUGUGGCAUCCCGCUCUUCCUGCUGGAGACCUCGCUGGGUCAGUACCUCAGUCUGGGAGGUGUCAGCGCCUGGAGGACCAUCUGCCCACUAUUUGGAGGGCUUGGUUAUGCCAGUCAGGUGAUCAUCCUGCACGGCUGCGUCUACUACAUUGUCAUCCUGGCCUGGGCCCUCUUUUAUCUGUCCUACAGCUUCCAGGCCGUGCUGCCCUGGUCACACUGUAACAACACGUGGAACACCGAGUCGUGUGUCCUCUUUGAUCACCACAACCAGACAGCUAAUGUGAGCAGCCUGCCAGAGAACGCCUCGUCUCCUGUCAUGGAGUUCUGGGAGCGGGAGGUUCUGCGGCUGUCCCCUAACUUAGACGAGCUGGGUCCAGUCAGCUGGAAGUUGGCUCUGUGUCUGGCCGUCGUCUGGCUCGUCUGCUACUUCUGCGUCUGGAAGGGAGUCAAGUCCACCGGCAAGGUGGUUUACCUGACGGCCACCUUCCCAUAUGUCAUGCUGUUUGUGCUGCUGGUGCGCGGGGCCACGCUGCCUGGAGCCACAAAGGGAAUCAUCUACUACCUCAAGCCCAACCACACCCGCCUGGCAGACCCACAGGUAUGGAUGGAUGCUGGCACCCAGGUGUUUUUCUCCUACGGAAUCUGCUUGGGCAGUCUCACCGCCCUGGGCAGCUACAACAAAUACAACAAUAACUGCUACAAAGACUCCUUCAUGCUGUGCCUCCUGAACAGCGCCACCAGUUUCCUGGCAGGUUUCGCCAUCUUCUCGGUGCUGGGCUUCAUGGCAGAGGAGCAGGGCGUGGACAUCGGCAGCGUGGCUCAGUCAGGUCCUGGCCUCGCCUUCAUUGCCUACCCCAGAGCCGUAUCCAUGAUGCCUCUCCCUCAGCUCUGGUCCGUCUGCUUCUUCCUCAUGAUCAUCAUGCUGGGGCUGGACACGCAGUUUGUGAGCCUGGAGGCUCUGAUGACGUCGGUGACGGACCUGUACCCUCACCUGCUCAGACGAGGCCACCGCCGCGAGCUGCUGCUGCUGUUUGUCUGCGUCGUCUGCUUCCUCAUGGGCCUGGUCAUGGUCACGCCGGGAGGUCUGUAUGUGUUCCAGAUCUAUGAUAAAUACUCCUGCAGCGGAGCCAGUCUGCUGCUGCUCUCCAUCUUCCAGUCUCUGGCCAUCGGCUGGGUCUACGGAGCCGAGCGCUUCUGCGCCAACAUCAGGGACAUGAUCGGCUACAGCCCGCUGCCCGUCUUCAAGCUGUGCUGGAAAUACCUCACCCCAGCUGUGUGCACUGCCACCUUUGUGUUCUCCCUGGUGUGUUGGUCUCCGCUCAGUCUGGGUAAAGACCUCGUGGCUCCGGCCUGGGCCACGGCACUUGGCUGGAUCCUCACCCUCUCGUCCGUCUCCCUGCUUCCCAUCUGGGCCAUUUACGCCCUGGUCACCACCCCGGGAACCCUGACACAGCGCUUCACAGUUCUGUGCAGCCCCGCCAUUCUCUCGUCGCCGGGCCUCCACCGCGUCUCCACCCACAACGCCGCUCUGCCUCUCACCGAGAAGCCAAUCACAGGUGUCACCCUGGAUCACAUGACCUGACCACCGCCGCCCGCCCGCCCGCCCGCCAGCCACACUCCAUGGUGUGUUCACCUCACACGACAAA